UUUUUAUCAAUAUCUUCUGCUUAGGCAGAUCAAUGCCCUUUGGGCAGGUUGUGCCCUUCCCGUUCCUAUUUAAGACCAUCCUUGAGAGCCACCUAGUAGCAAUCCUUACCGAACACCCCCAGGAAGAAACUUAACAGGAUGUUCACAUUGCUGACCAAACUUCCCAUCCUCCUAUUCUUUUUGGCUGCAUUUGGGGCGUCUUUCUCGAUGGCUCUCCCGACGGAUCAUGGGGUCAGAGCGCCCGAACCUACUAUGGAUGCAUCCGCCAAACGUUUGGAGCUGCUCAAGGGUCCGCUUGCCGCUAAGGACUCAAGUAAGUUCCAAAUACCAAUUAGUGUUCACAUUGUAGCUCACUAUCCGACUAGGCCCCAAAAGAUGGUUCUCCGGCAUAGUACGUGUCGUUGGUGAUGUUACCAUAUUUCCAUCUCACGUCAUUAUUACCUAG